AUGGACUACACGGAAACAUUCUCGCCCGUCGCCAAGUACGUGACGCCGCGCAUGGUGAUUGCAGUCGCCAAGUAUUUCGGAUGGACCAUCGACCAACUCGACGUGGUGACGGCGUUCCUGUAUGGUGUCAUGAAGGAACAAGUGUUCUGCGUCAUCCCUGAAGGCGUAGAAUUGGAGGGCUCCUUCGAUUGUCUGGGGUUGGUGAAGGCAAUCUACGGACUAAAGCAAGCGUCGCGCGUAUGGGACGAAACGUUUGACGAGUUCGUGUGUGCUAUUGGAUUUCAAGCGUCAAGCCUCGACCCGUGUCUCUACAUAAGGAUUGUGGAAGGGCAAUGCGUGCUACUGCUGGUGUAUGUGGAUGACAUGUUGAUCACCGGUAGCUCAUGCGAGCUAAUUGCACGUACCAAGACCGACCUGAAGACACAAUUCGAGAUGACUGACAGCGGCAAGUGUGCAUUCGUGCUUGAAAUCGAUCUUUUGGACGGCGCAGAUGGAAGCGUGACACUAUGUCAGCGUCGGUAUGUAGAUGACAUACUCAAGCGCUUUGGCAUGGAUGAUUGCAAGGCCGUCGCAAGUCCAGUCGACAUGAGCUCUCGACUUGUUUCAAGUGGUGCAGUCACCAAGGUCGAUGCUCCUUUUCGCGAAGCUGUUGAUGCGUUGAUGCACCUGACCACUGCAACGCGCCCGGAUAUUGCGUUCGCCGUGGGAUAUGUGUCGCGAUUCAUGGAGAACCCCCAAGAAGAACACUGGGUUGCGGUCAAGCGCAUCUUCCGCUACCUACAAGGCACUAAGAUGCACGGAUCUGCUACAAGCCAGAUGCGAAGAUCGACUUUCGUGGCUACUCGGAUGCAGACUGGGCCGGUGACCUCGCUGAUCGUAAGUCGACGUCUGGUUACGUAUUCAUGCUGUUGGGUGCGCCAGUGA